UGGUCGCCCGUCGUCGUUGUCGUCGUCGUCGUCGUCGUCGUCGUCGUCGUCGUCAUCGUCGUGGUCGCCAUCGAAUCAGUUUCGACGGUGGCCUUGAUAAGGAAUUCAGCGCUAUCGGGACGGUAAAGAAAGGAGAAUACAAAGUAAUACGAUUCAUCUACGAAACAAUACGAAGAGAGAGAAGACGACGUUUGUCUUGUUGAAAACGUGGAACAAUAGUAUAAGUGGAAUUUGAGACUUUUCCGAGGAGAAUGUGGGGAAGAGCAAAUAUGAUCGUGAUUCUUUUUCUAGGAUGGCUAUAUAUUUUUGCUCGCGCAGAAGCAGGCAAUGUCGAGAUGACAUUUGCCGACGUUGAAGCGGAAACUAUUCUCGAGCGAGCGGCCACAUGGUUGUGGAGUCAACGGGACAAGGACGCUGGCUGGGGUAACGACACGCAUCGAGUGCUCCUGGUCCUUCGUUUAGCGAAUCUCUCUCGCGAUGAUAACGUCACGCCAUCGGCACCACCGUUAGAACUGCAACUCACCGCCAAGCAGAUGGAAUUGGAAAUCGUGCUUCUACUCUGGAGACACCGAGAAGUCGGGUUUUCUCCAGUUAGAUUGGCACACUAUACUUUGGCCAUGAACGCGAUGUGCAUGGAUCCGCGGCAGUUCUACGGUCACGAUUUGAUAGGCACGUUGCAGCAUCAUGAACCGCCAACAGAUUACGAGUUCACAUUGACUGCUCUUGCGGCAUGUAGCGCACAAGCACACGUUCGCAAACGGCAGAUGCGUCGUCUCCUGGACAUUGCAAGUACUCCACAAAAUUAUAAUAUUGACACGAUCGCGAUGUUGAUCCUGGUGUUGCGAUGCAUUAGUCAGGAUCAUCGACAUCGUAACAUCCAUCAUAUUAUUCGCAAGCCAUCGACAGUGCUGGUGCAGCAACAAAGACACGAUGGCAGUUUUGGCGAUUUGCACACAACUGCGUUGGUAAUGCAAGCACUUGAGGAAGUGGAAAAUGAGCCGGCUGACAAUUGGAACAGAUCUGCAGCACUAGCUUGGCUGAUCAGUCAACAACGACCAGAUGGUUCAUUUCAUGGUGACGUCCGAGCCACCGCCGAGGCAAUAUUGAGUGUUACCCCACGAGGAUUGGCCAACAUCCGAACUCUCGACUGCGGACAGAGUCUGUCGGACAAUUCGCCACCUCGUCUGACCAAGAGCAACAUUGAAGAUAUCGGGACGUCCGACAAUCACAGCGAGACUACUCUGCCAUCAGAAGCGUUGGGAAAUAACGUAAGCAACGCGGACACUACGGUCGCGUAUACUUCAACGCCGGUGUUGGUGAACGUAUCGUACACUCUAUGGGUUGGCAGCAACGUGAAUGAGACAUACAACUUAACAGUGACAGCACCCAAAAACGAAACCUUCUAUGACGUGAUGUUACUGGCGGCAGAGAUGUCACCUCAUUUCGAAUUUCUUGCGUCUGAUUGGCCUAACGGUCAUUACGUUCACACGAUAGCUGGCUACAAGGAAGAGCCAAUGUCCUAUCACUAUUGGCUGCUUUAUAGACUGCCUUCGCCGCCAGAGCCUUCCUCGCCGCCUGGAAAUCAGCUAGUUGCGCCUGGAGGUGUCGAUAAUUUGCAAAUCAGCGAAGGAGAGCAUUAUCUUUUCUGGUACAAGAAGCUAUGAAACGCGCGAUAAGAAUAAACAGAGCAAAAUAACAAAAAGAGAAGAGAUGAUAAUGCACAAAUGGAAGGAGGAAUCUUGUAAGGGACUUUAUAAGAAGAAAGCGAAAUUAUGUAUACAAAUAAGAGAGAAAAAAACGGAGAGAGAGAGAGAGAGAGAGAGAGAGAGAAACAGAGAGAGAGAGAGAGAGAAUAGGGAAAAAGCGCGAUCUCGAAGCUCUAGAGCGAGAUCCAGUAUUCACUGCCAUCAUUAAUUGUCGACACGUAAAAAAUAUAAAAAAAGCAAAAUAAAAUAAAAAAAUAAGCGCGAUACAAUUAAUGCGAGAAAGAAGAGAGUUAGACAAAAAAAAUGAAAAAAG